ACGACCCCCACAAAAAUCCAAUCCUUUAAGAAUCCUCCGCAUAUGCCUGUCUGGUUUUGCACAUCCCCGUCAGAAUCAUUUUCAGAUCGCACCCCCACAGCUACACUCCACAGUGAAUUCAGAGUUCGGAGAGAGUUCGGAGAGAGAGAGAGAGAAUGGGUCACGGAAGCUCGAAGCCAGGCGAUACGGAGCCCACCGACGACUCCACGGACGGCUCCAAGGGCUCUUCGUCGCGACUGUCGAGCUUGAAGCGGCGACUUCACGUCCAUCGCCACCGCAGCCACAGCCACCGUGACGGUGAUUCGACGUCCGGACAACUCAAGCUGCACUCCGCUGAGGAUUUCGCCGGCAUCGCCCUCGUAAAGCUCGUCAGGGCGGAGAUGAAGUUCAAGGACAAGUGGAUGGCUUGUAUUUCUUUCGGAGAACAGACUUGCCGUACAGUAAUAUGUGAUCAACACACAGACAAACCCACCUGGAACUCUGAGAAGAAACUUCUUUUGGAAAGAAAUGGGCCUCGUGUUGCAAGGAUAACUGUAUUUGAGACCAAUAGAUUGUCCAAGAACAACCUCAUUGGGUAUUGUGAAGUUGAUAUAUUUGAAUUCCUCACUCAGGAUACGGAUUCUGAUGUUGAGGUACUUAACUUGUUGGAUCCAUCUUCACCUGAAAUAGUUGUCGGCAACAUUUCUCUUUCAUGUUCUGUUGAGGAUCCAAGUGAAACACAAAAAAGUUUUGCAAGGCGUAUCCUGUCUAUCGUGGACUAUAAUGAAGAUGGAAAGCUCACAUUCUCUGAGUUCAGUGAAUUAAUCAAUGCAUUUGGCAAUAAACUGGCAGCUGAUAAGAAAGAAGAGCUUUUCAAAGCAGCUGAUCUGAAUGGCGAUGGUGUUGUUAGCAUGGAUGAAUUGGCUAGCCUUCUUGCUAUUCACCAAGAAAAGGAACCUCUUAUCAAUUGCUGCCCUGUCUGUGGUGAAUUCCUUGAACCUUCCGAUAGUCUGAACAAUAUGAUCCAUUUGACCCUUUGUUUUGAUGAAGGGACUGGGCACCAGGUUAUGACUGGGGGAUUCUUGACUGAUAAACAGGCUUCAUAUGGAUGGAUGUUUAAAUUAAGUGAAUGGGCCCAUGUUUCAUCCUAUGACAUUGGUCUGAGAUCUGGAUCAAGUGCUUCACAUAUUCUGGUUUUUGAUCGAAGUUCAAAGAGGCUAGUGGAGGAAUUAAUUGAUGGGAAGAUUGUCCUUUCCAUGAGAGCCCUUUAUCAAUCUAGAGUAGGGCUUCAGCUUAUGGACAAAGGGGCAAAAGAACUCUUGCAGAGCAUCUCAGAAAAGCAAGGGAAGAAAAUGGGUUCAGUUGAAUCUGCUAAAGAUAUACCGAAGUUCCUUGAUUUUUUUAAGGAUCAAAUUAAAAUGGCUGAAGUCAAGUACCCAUUGGAGCAUUUUAAGACAUUUAAUGAAUUUUUUAUAAGAGAGUUGAAACCGGGUGCAAGACCAAUUGCUUGCAUGGAACGUGAUGAUGUUGCUGUAUGUGGUGCUGAUAGCCGUCUAAUGGCAUUCCAAAAUGUUGAAGAUAGUCUACGAUUUUGGAUCAAGGGUCAAAAGUUUUCUGUUCAAGGUCUUCUGGGAAAAGAAUCAUCCUCCAAUGCUUUCACGAAUGGAUCCUUGGUGAUAUUCCGAUUGGCUCCACAGGAUUAUCAUCGUUUCCAUUUUCCAGUAUCUGGAACUAUUGAGAAAUUUGUUGAUAUACCUGGAUGCUUGUAUACGGUUAACCCUAUUGCUGUGAAUAGCAAGUACUGCAAUGUAUUCACUGAGAAUAAGCGGGUGGUAUCUAUUAUUUCAACGAGAGAAUUUGGAAAGGUAGCAUUUGUUGCGAUUGGAGCUACAAUGGUUGGCAGUAUCACCUUUACGAAGAAGAAGGGGGACUAUGUCCGGAAAGGAGACGAGUUCGGAUAUUUCUCAUUUGGAGGAAGUACUGUCAUCUGUGUGUUUGAAAAGGAUUCAAUAAAGAUAGAUGAAGACCUCUUGGUGAAUAGUGCAAGAUCACUCGAGACCUUGGUUGCUGUUGGCAUGACAUUGGGUGUAUCAAAAAAGAAGCAUCCGGAAGUUGGGCUGCCAAACUUGGACAAAUGUGUUUUACAGGCUUAGAGCCUUGGACAGAAUUACUCUCGUGAAUAACAACAAAUUCGGACUCAUCUUCAGCCCAAACUUUGUGUAAAUCCUACGCUAAUACAAAACCACGACAAUGGAUAGGGAGAUACAUGUAUGAUGGUUCUUUUUCUGACAGAUGCAGUAGCAAUGCUAAGUGGGGCCAAAGUGCAGAAGGUACCGAUCUCCAUCAUUUGUAGAGGUUUUCUGUUCUUCACAAUGUUAAAACACUAUUAUUACUGAUGCUUAUUAACAAUAUGUAGUUGUCAACAGUAAAAAAUAUUGCUAAUCUCCACCUUCACUGUACAAUAAAUACCUGCCAAUGAACUCCUAUUCUGUAAAGGUUUGUGAUAUUAUGGAUCAAUCUCACAUGACUAUCUGGUGAUUAUUUCAUGUUAUGUUCAAACUGAAAGUAUUCAGCAUAUGACCUGUAA